UAGAUGUGCGGCAAUUUUUAUAAUUUUUUACUCUAAUAAAUAUCAAACCGUCUUGUCAACUCCUCGGAUUAACAUCUAAAUUCUAGUGGUCAGUGGAUAAUAAAAUUUGCCAUGAAAUUAAUUAUUUUAUUUAUAUUUAUCGGGUCAAGCUUUGCGUACAGAAAUGAUUUAUCCGUUCACUCGUUAGCACUUGGAUCACAAUCAACUUUAUACUGGAGAGUCGACCCAACAAAGGAGAUUAUUCAAUUUGAAAUUCAUUACACGGGUGAAGAAAGUGGAUGGUUUGCAGUAGGAUUUUCAAAUCGUGGAGAAUUAACACCGGCUGAUUAUUGUGUUUUGUGGAUUGAUUGGCAUCUUAAAGUUCACUUUCAAGAUGCAUGGGCGAAUAAUAAAGGGAUAAUUGAAGUUGACAGCUAUCAAGAUUGCAAUGAUUUUGCUUGGAAGCGAUCAAUUCUUAGUAAUAUGACUAAGUUUUCUUUUACUCGUAAAUUAGACACAUGCGAUGAACGUGAUUAUAUUAUUGAGAGAGGAACCACUCACAUUGUUUGGUCUAAAGGUACCGGACCACUUUCAAAUCUUAAUGGAUUAAAUAUUAUAACCAACGCAAUUUCUUCGGGAAUGUCACGGACUGAAUUACUUCGUACAGUUUCUCAUAAACGGCCCGAAUUUCCCUCAGAUACUUGGAAGUAUCAAUUACUAGCUGAUCAUGUAAAUGUUCCUCAAGUUGAAACAACUUACUGGUGCCGAGUUGAGAAACUUCCGGAAGCUCUAAGACAAAAGCACCAUGUUUUACAAUUUGGACCAGUUAUACAACCUGGUAAUGAACAUCUAGUCCAUCAUAUGGAAGUAUUUCACUGUGCUGGAGCAUCUGAAGCUAAUAUACCUCUGUAUAAUGGUCCUUGUGAUGCUGCUGAUCGUCCCCAAGCAACUCAGAUUUGUAAAAAAGUAUUAGCCGCAUGGGCAAUGGGCGCUGAUGCAUUCGUGUAUCCCAAAGAAGCUGGUCUGUCAGUCGGCGGUAAAUCAUUCAAUCAAUAUAUUAUGCUUGAGGUGCAUUACAAUAAUCCAGAGCGUAUUAAAAAUAAAGUCGACUCUUCGGGGAUUGAAUUUUAUUUUACUAAAACUCUGAGAAAGUAUGACGCCGGUGUGAUAGAACUUGGCCUUGAGUAUACUGAUAAAAUGGCAAUACCACCUCAUCAAGAAUUAUUUGAAUUAUCUGGACAUUGUGUAACAGAGUGUACUGGUAUUGGGUUACCACAAAAUGGAAUUUAUGUAUUUGGAUCACAAUUACAUACUCAUCUUACUGGUACGACUGUACGUACACGACAUAUACGUAAUGGCAAUGAAUUAUCACCGCUUAAUUAUGAUAAUCAUUAUUCAACUCAUUUUCAAGAAAUAAGAUUACUUCCUGAACCAGUACAUAUUUUACCGGGUGAUUCAUUGAUAACAACUUGUACUUAUAAUACAAUGGAAAGAAAUAAUGUUACACUAGGUGGUUUUGCUAUUUCCGAUGAAAUGUGCGUCAAUUACAUCCAUUACUACCCAAAUACAAGAUUAGAAGUUUGUAAAAGCGCAAUAAGCGAUGAUGCAUUACGAACUUACUUUAGAUACAUGCGAGAAUGGGAAAAUCAAGAUACAGAUUUUGACACCGCUGUAUCAAAAAGCUAUCAAAAUAUUGAAUGGACUAAAUUAAGAGUUGCAGCUUUGCACGAUCUCUAUCAAGCAGCACCACUUGGUAUGCAGUGCAAUGGAUCUGACGGUUCUCGGUUACCAGGGCUUUGGAAUAAUGUUGCUGCUACUCAAGUUAAAUUACCGCUUGCUCCUCCCGCAAGAGAUUGCCACUUAAUUAAUCAAUAAUAAUUACAUUAUUAAAAACUUUACAGUAUUAAAUUAAUAUUAUCAGUGUUAAUGAAUUAUUGAAUAUAAAUAUAUAACAAAAAAAUAAUAAUGAUAGUACAUUUAUUGCGGUGUUACAAUUACAAUAAUAAAUGAACAUAUAUGAAACAAAAAUGACAAUAUUUUAUUAAAAUUAAACAAUUAUAAAAAAAAUCGAGAUGAUUGAUUACAAUAAAAACAUUUACAAAAAGUACCAGCCAACAACUGGACUUAAUAAUUAUAAGUGAAAUAAUUAAAUGUGAAUCAAUAUUACUUUAUAGAAAUACUAUGUAUAGGAUAUAUAAUACAUAUGUCCGUCUUUAAUGGACGGUUAACUUGCUCCACCAAAGCCUCUUAUAUUAUUUAAUAAUAUAUGUAUAAAUUUAUUA